GGAGCUCCUUGAUGGGCUAUGAGACGUCUAUACCACGAUGUGAUGCUGGAGAACUUGGCAGUUAUAACCUCCUUGGGAUCAGGUGUUGUGUGUUUGGCCAUGACCAUAAUUUUAAAAUGGAAAUCCUGCCCUCAUCAAUGUGGUGAAGAGGAGGUGAUUAACAUAGAAGUGACAUAUGGGGAGCCAGGGAGAUGCCUUGGUGUAGAACAUUGUGGUGGUGGUGACUACAGGGUGACCUUUGAGGAUGUGGCCGUGUACUUCUCCUUGGAGGAAUGGGAGCUCCUUGAUGAGGCUAUGAGACGUCUAUACCACGAUGUGAUGCUGGAGAACUUGGCAGUUAUAACCUCCUUGGGUUGUUGUCAUGGAUCCCAGAAUGAGGAGGCACCUUCUGAGCUCUGCGAUUCUUUACAAGGAGUGUUACAGGUCAGGACUUCCAAGGCAGGUGUGUCUCCCUCGAAGGCCCAUCCUUGUGAGCUGUGUGGUGUGGACUUGAGAUAUAUUUUGCACUUGACUGAGCACCAGGGAACAUGUCAUUGGCAGAAGCUGUACGAGAUUGGGGCAUGUGAGAAACAAUUGGAUUCCAGUGCAGAACUUCAGCAUCAGAAGCAGCACACGGGAGAGAAGUGCUUCAGAAGCAACACGGGCACAGCCUCGUUUGUGAAGGACUGCAAAUUGUGUGCAUCAGGGAAGUCCCUGUCCUGUGGGGAGGUUGUGAGGGACUUCCUGGCCAGCUCAAGAUUUCUCCAGCAUCAGGCCACGCACACCAGGGAGAAGUCAAAGAGGAAAACUGAGUGUGGGGCAGCCUCUCACAGGGGAAAAACUCUGUUGGACUCUGGAAACUGCACGAAAGACUUAAAUUGCAAAUACAAGCUCGUUCAGCAUCAGAGAGUUCUCACUAGAGACAGAGGCUAUAUGUGCAGUGAAUGUGGGAAAUCUUUUAGUAAAAGCUAUAGCCUCAAUGACCAUUGGAGAGUUCACACUGGGGAAAAGCCUUAUGAAUGUGGGGAAUGUGGGAAGUCCUUUAGGCACAUCUCUAGCCUCAGUCGGCACCGUAGAGUUCACACUGGAGCAAGGCCUCAUGAGUGUGACUUAUGUGGAAAGUUGUUUACCUACAAGUCUAACCUCCUUCAACACCGCAUUGUUCACACUGGAGAAAAGCCUUAUGAAUGUAGUGAAUGUGGGAAAUUCUUUACCUACCACUCUAGUCUCAUAAAACACCAGAGAGUUCACUCUGGAUCAAGGCCCUAUGGGUGCAGUGAAUGUGGAAAAUCUUUUACUCUAAACUCUAGCCUCAUUGAACACCGUAGAAUUCAUAGUGGGGAAAGGCCUUAUAAGUGCAGUGAAUGUGGCAAAUCUUUUAGCCAAAGCUCUGCGCUUCUUGAGCAUCGGAGAGCUCAUACUGGAGAAAGGCCUUAUGAGUGCAGUGAAUGUGGGAAAUUCUUUACUUACAGUUCCAAUCUCUUAAAACACCAAAGAGUUCACACUGGAGAAAGGCCUUAUGAGUGUAGUGAAUGUGGGAAAUCUUUUAGCCAAAGCUCUGCGCUUACUCAGCAUCGGAGAGUUCACACUAGAGAAAGACCUUAUGAGUGCAGUGAAUGUGGGAAAUUCUUUCUUUACAGCUCCAAUCUCUUAAAACACCAGAGAGUUCACACUGGAGAAAGGCCUUAUGAGUGUAGUGAAUGUGGGAAAUCUUUUAGCCAAAGCUAUAUGCUUACUCAGCAUCGGAGAGUUCACACUAGAGAAAGACCUUAUGAGUGUAGCGAAUGUGGGAAAUCUUUUAGCCAUAACUCAAGCCUCAUUAAACACCGAAGAGUUCACACUGGGUAAAGGUCUUUUAUGUACUGGAAUGUGAGAAAUGAUUUACUUUUACCUCCAGGCUCCUAAAAUACUGUAUAACAUUGGGUGAAGGCCUUAUGAUUGUGGCAAAUCAUUUACCAAAGGUUGGCCUUGUUAUAUCCAGGGAAAUUAGAGAAUGGCCUUAUAUUUGUAGUGAAUGUGUCAUGGCCUUCAGCCUAAGAAUUUACUUUAUUGGACACAACAGAUUUUUUGGUUAAGGAUUUAGGGACAUUUUAAUUAUUUUUAAAGAAGUUUAUUGAUUCUUAGAGAAAGAAAUACCUAUGUAACAUACGUGGACUCCUCCUAGUGGGGGUCAACCCUGCAACCUGAGCAUGCCCUGAACAGGAAUCAAACUGUCAAUCCCUGGGUGCUCUGUUCAAGUGACAACUGAGCCACACUGGCCUGGGCACCACAGAUUUCAAAUAACAGUAUUGUCUUCACUGUGCAGGUAUAUGCUAUUUCUUGGUUCAGUGUACCACCACUGGAGGCAAUCCCUUAUGAAGGUGUCAGUUGCCUGUAUUGGGCCUCCUACAUCUGAACAUCCAAGUAAAUUCUUGGUACAUGAGAACUGGAUUGCACUUUUCAACCUGCCCAGGGCCAAGGCCGGAGUUAUGUCCCUGGCAGUUCUGUAAUAGAAGCCAUUUCAACUCUACCUCCAGGGUAAGGCUCGUGUAUUUUUGCUGCCACUGAGGCAAAUGUGCCUCAUGAAGAGAGAGAAUGUGGAGUCAGUACAGUUGCCGAACCUGAUAUUCUAAAGGAUAAGAAAUCCAGACUUAAUUCAAACCUAUUUUUGAAGUUUAUUAAGGUGUAAAUGACAUGUAAUAAU